AUGGUCGCCACUUACCGGUUCAACAAGCUGCUGACGAAGAGGUUGAUGACACUGUCCUCAAAACUCAACCGCGCCCGGGACGAGCGGGUGAAGAUCGUGACGGAGGUCUUGCACGCCAUGCGUCUCUGCAAGAUGCUGGCCUGGGAGUCGGAGAUCGCCAACAUGGUGGAGGAGCGCCGAAUCCUGGAGCUGAAGACGCUGCGGCGCCUGAAGUCGUGGCAGCUGAUCAUUGGUCUUCUGUUCGGUGGCCCGACCACGGCGCUUCUUCAGCUCUUUACCUUCACGGUCUUCAUCCUGCUCGGCGGAGAUCUCACGGCCGGCAUCGUGUUCUCCUCCUUGGCCAUGUUUGACCUCAUCCAGGUUCCAAUCAACCUGUUUCCGAUCACGAUCCAGUACCUGACGCAGACCUUCGUGGCCAUGCGGCGCAUCGAGCGCCUGCUGAAGGCUGAGGAUGUGCUCUACCUGCGCACGCUCCUGGAGUGUGGCCCUGCGAUGUCCCCCGUGAAGCUGCAGAGCGCGAGCUUCCACUGGGCCACGCCCAAUCGCGUGGAGUCGGAAGAGGAGGGGCCUUCCCCGAGGGAAGCCCAGUCUGGAUCUCGACGCUGCUUUCCUCGCUGGUCCCGGGCCCCACGGCCAGGAUCCGAGGCGUUGCUGGCGAUGACGGCGCUGCCCGCCGCUCCGGCCCGGCAAGUCCAUCUCAAAGUGAGCCUGCUGGAGGUGCUCCAUGGCAAGUUCGCCUUGAUCACUGGCCCUGUGGGCUGCGGCAAGAGCACGCUUCUCUCCGCCAUCCUCGGUGAGGUCCCGCAGCUGGCUGGCCGGAUUGAGCUUCUGGGCUCCGUCGCCUACUGCGCUCAGAUUCCCUGGCUCCUGCAUGGGACCGUGCAGGACAACAUCACCUUUGGCAAACGGUAUGAUGAAGAGAAGUUUUCGAAGGUGGUAGAUGUCUGCUCCUUGCGCCCCGACUUGGCCCUGCUGCAGGACGGUCAAGCCACCAUCAUCGGAGAGCGAGGGGUGAACUUGUCUGGCGGCCAGAAGGCCCGGGUCAGCCUGGCGCGCGCAGCGUACAGCGAUGCCUCACUUUACUUGCUCGACGACCCGCUGUCGGCCGUGGAUGCGCAUGUGGCGGUGCACUUGGUCAAGGAAUGCCUCGGUGCAGACGGCUUCCUGUCGAAGACCACGCGCCUGCUGGUGAGCCACCAGGUUCAGUUUGCAACAGAGGCGGACCUUGUCGUUGUGAUCAGGAACGGGGAGGUGACAGCGGUCGGCCCGCCCGAGCAGUUCUCCAUGGAAGAGCUCCGAUCUGCCGAGAGGGCUGUCGACGAGCCUCCUCCGGAGUCCACCCAGGGUUCUGGUCGCCCGGGCGUGGAGGGUCUCUCCGAAGCGGGGCCGCCCACUCUUGACCGUGCGCGAUCGCUGCCUCAGGCAGAGGCCUUGGGCCCACCAUUGGAUCGGAAGGGUGCCGGGAACCAGUUGUCCACCAAGGGCUUUACGAGAAGCACCAGUGCCCCGCCCGACCCGGCUGAGUACGAAGCGCAUCGCAGGAUGAGUCGUGUGAGCUCGAUGGACGGAGAGGAGACCGCAGACACCGAAGAGCGAGCCGAGGAGGUGGAAGAAGGUGCCCUCAGUCUUCGCGUUUGGUGCGCCUUCGUCAAAGCCAUGGGCUGGGGCGUCUGGGUGGUGAUUGCCACCAACUUCGUCAGCACAGCAGGAUACCUGUGCUCCGCACUCUGGAUCGGGCACUGGCCGGAAUUGAGCGAGAAGCUGGGGACCGCGGAUGCACUGGUGGUGUACGCACUCAUCUCGUUUGCCAUCGUCGCGUUCACGGCCAUUAGGCUGCUGGUGUUCCAGUACAGCUCGCUCAAGCUCUCCAGAAGCAUGCAUCAACGUGCUCUUUGGGCGGUGAUCCGAUCUCCCAUGUCCUGGCAUGACACCACGCCGACGGGCCGUGUCGUGAAUCGCUUCUCUUCAGACUUGCAGAAAGUCGACACGGACCUCCAGAACAAUGUGACGGCACUUCUGCGCGCCCUGUUCGACAUGCUCGCUAGCUUCCUCGUGGUGCUCUUUGUCGUGCCUCUGAUCUUCGUGGUGGUGAUUCCGUCGCUGAUUGCCUACUUUUGGAUUCAGAAGAUCUACAGGCAGGGACGGUCCAGAGCACCAGUAUGA